UUUUGUUAAAGUUACCUUGAACAAAGAUAGUGUUCCUGCCAAUUACAUAGUACUGUAAAUACGUAGAAAGUAACAGCAGAACCCACUUACUUAAAAAUAGUUCUUGCCUCCCUAUUCCUUUCCAGAAUACAGAGAAUUAAACUGAAUACUGUUCUAGUCCAGUAAUUUGAGUCUUUACUGCCUCAUCCCUAAAUCAAAUCUAUCCUAUAAGAGAGUUACCAGUGUAGUUACUUGGAUAUUGUGUAUUGCUUGUUCCUAGUGGAGACUGUCCUGGCAAAAUUGUUCUUUUGUUCACACUACGUAUUCCACCCACAGUAUUUUCAGGCAAAAUAGGCUAGGCUGCCAAAAGGUGAAUUUGUUGAUAUAACUGUUUCUAUGCUAAGAGGCUUUCUGGCAUAAGUUUGACAGCCAUCAGUCCCAGCUUUUUAUGCUUCUAACUCGUAUAGCUGUAAAUUUAACCUUAUACAUGGAUACGUCAACUGAUCUGCGUGGAAGCUCAAGAAAACAAAUCCAAACUCACUUUUAAAGUUAAUUGGUUAAAUCUUGUUAUAUCCUUGUAAGGGAACUUUCAGUGAAUCAUGUUAAACCCAAUUAUGGUUAUUUUAAUUGUAAAUGAAGCUCUCUUCACUAUGGCUUAAUGUGGUUUAUCCAAUCCAUUUUAAAUUCAUACCUUGACGUUACCUAAAUGAAAAAAAUAAUCAAGUGUUUCUGGUAAGCCUUGAGCCUAUUCGCAAGUGUGAAAUUACUGGCUAUGUUUUCAUGGUGGAAACCUUCAUUUACAUAAAUGUCAGUUUGGAAAGGUGACUAAUACUGAGUGAAGGAGAAAUCUCAUCAUGCUUUGAAGAGAUAGUCAAAAGCAAGCAGGAUACCAAAAUCAAACCUGAUUGCAGAGAUCUAGUUCUUUUUCAAAUCAAACUGAAUAAUUAAAUAGUAAAUGUGAAUGCAUUUUGCAUUGCAUGCAUCUCUUCUAGGCAGUGUGUGAUUACUUAAUGCCUCUUUGACCCUUCAGUGAAUUUCAGUGAAAGGAUUACGAUAGAGUAGCAUGGUUCUGGUUCUAUUAGAAAUCUUUAAGAUCAAUAUUUAAAUUCUAUUCAAGCAAACCGAAAUGCAAAUGAAGGCUAAGUCUGACUGUUGCUGGAGAAAUAUACCAAUGUAUAUUUGUUAAUAAGAAAAUAAUUCAGAAAUCCUGAUCAUCUGCAUAAUGACAAGAACUCUGUUAUGGACCUGUCAACCAGAGCUUUGUUUAUUUCAGCUGAAGCGCACUGCCCUUCAUUUUGCUGUUGCAAGAAAUCAUGUAUCUGCAGUGGAUUUUCUUCUCCAUCACAAAGCUAGACUUGACAUUGCAGAUCAGCACGGCCUGACAGUGAUUCAUCUUGCAGCUUGGUCUGGAAAUCUGGAUAUAAUGCGAAAAGUAGUUAAAGCAGGUGCUGAUCAAAAAGCUAAGAAUGAGGAGGGAAUGAAUGCACUGCAUUUUGCAGCUCAGAACAACAAUGUUAAAAUAGUCGAUUAUUUUCUCCAAGAUCUUCAUCUGAAUGACUUGAACAAGCCUGAUGGGAAAGGUAAAAAGCCAUUUCUUCUGGCAUCUGAAAAAGGCCAUGCUGACAUGAUAAACAGUUUGAUUGCGCUAAAGAUGUUUACCUCUGAAAAAGAUAAGGAGGGAAACACAGCAUUGCAUCUAGCGGCUAAAAAUGGUCACAGUGAAGUUGUAGAAAUUCUGCUCGAACAGUGGGAAGAAAUAAAUGACCUCAAUCAGAAUGGAGAAACUCCAUUUUAUUUAUCUGUUGAAGGAGGUCAUGAAAAAUGUGCUGAACUCUUACUGGAAGCAGGGAGUGAUAUCAACCUUUUAACUCAAAACAAUAACAGUGCUUUGCAAAUUGCAAUUCAGAAUGGACAUCUAUCCUUGGUCACGUUUCUUCUUGAUAAGAACAUUGACCUUAUCCCUAAACCAGAGCAGAAGAAUUCUCCUCUCCAUUUAGCAGUCAUCAAUAAUCAUCUACCUAUAGUAAAAAGCCUCUUGGAUGCCAAUCAUGAUAUAAACUCCUUAAAUCAUAGGCAGGAAACCCCUUUACAUCUGGCAGCUGAUCUUGGCAACGUGGAGCUGGUGGAACUGCUGCUGAAGGCAGGCUGUGAUCUCAAGACUAUGGAUAAGCAUGGAAAAACUGCACUUGCUGUGGCAGCAAGGAGCAAUUAUGCCCUCAUCGUAGAUAUGAUCAUUAAAGCAGAAAGGUAUUAUGCUAGAAAACAGGAACGUCUAGAUCAUAGUGAUGUUGAGUCAGAUUUUGUUUUAUCUUUCAAACAAGAUCACAGUACACAGACCAAGCAAAUCCGUUCCUCCCUUUGGAAUCUGGCAUACAAUCAGUUAAAACCCCAAGAAUGGAAAAAACUGGCUCUGUUCUGGAAGUUCACAGAGGAACAAAUUAAAGCUAUUGAAGAACAAUGGACAGGAAAAAAAAGUUAUAAGGAACAUGGACACAGAGUGCUGCUCAUCUGGUUACAUGGCAUAUUGCUGGCUCAUCAGAAUCCUGUCAAACAUAUAUACGAAGAUCUGAUGGAAGCAGGAUUUCAACAUUUAGCUGAGAAGAUCAGAACUGAAAGUAGCACUUACAAGGAGUUCAGCAAGUGUGCAAUUUCAUGAAUUCAUCAAGGGAACAUGGUGUAUAUGAUGGAAUUACAAGCCAGAUGGAAUGUGGCUUUCAAAUAAAAAUAAUUUUUCUGGAAACUAAAAUUGUUUUGAAGUUGUAUGACAUUUUACGAGCUAGGACUUGCACUCCUGAAAUUUUGAUUAGUUGUUUCUCUCAUGCUUUGCCCUA